UGCGUGUUCAGCAGCGGUCCAGUGCCGCAGCUCCCAUGGGCUGCGUGGUGGAGAAGCGGACCUGCAUCCUAAAGCCAAUCUCUCUUUAACACACACACACACACCCACGCGCACACACACACACACACACUCUCCUCUCUCUCUCGCUUCCUUUUUUCUCCUCCACCUCAUUGCAGUCUUAUCACGUCCCCCCUUCUCUCCCCCCUCCUCCUCCUCAUCCGCCUCAGCCGCUACAGGAGCGCAGAGAGGGAGAAGAGUGCAGCUGAACGUGCACGACAUGUCGACAGUCAGCCUCUAAAGUCUUUUCUCGGUCGUUCCUCAAUUCUUUGGCGGUGGACUGAGUGAGUAUUGCCCGCAUCCCUGCUCUGCUGAGCGUCGCUGUGUGGAUCUGAGAAGCUGCUCCGAGACGAUGAGGAAUGCAAUUGGAUUGCGUUACUCUGCCAAGGAUUUUCAUACAUAGCCUGUGCGAUGAAGGCCUGAUGCCGGGCUGCAGCCCCAGGCUGUUGAGCUGAAAGGGAGAAGCAGAAGGAUGCAGUGGGUCACUCUUGCGGUGGCCCUGGGAUGUGUGCAUCUCUUCAAGGCGUCACACACCCCCACCCCUACCCCCACCUCCACGCACACCCCUCUGGUGGACAACUCCGAGGAGGAAGUGGAUGAGCCGUGCUUUGAACCUUGCACGUGCGAGGUCAAAGAAAGUGUGCUCCAUGUGCACUGUGAUGGGCGGGGCUUCACUAAUGCCAGCCAGGUGUCACACUCGUGGGUCCGCCCUUUCAAACUCAACCUCCAGAGGAACUCUUUUAGACGUCUCUAUAGCAACGGGUUUCAGCACCUUGGCAACGCAGUGUCUUUAAACCUUGGCAACAAUGCACUCCAGGACAUCCGAGUGGGAGCCUUUCAUGGACUGGCCAAACUGAAGCGGCUGUACCUGCACGAAAACAAGCUAGAAGUCUUCAAAAAUGACACCUUCGCUGGGCUAGAGGCUCUGGAGUACCUCCAGGCUGACUACAAUGUGAUCAAACGAAUCGACAAUGGUGCUCUGAGGUUUCUCUAUAAACUGCGGGUUCUCAUCCUGAAUGACAAUCUGAUCCCUGUCUUGCCCGCUCAUCUGUUCAGAUCUGUGUCUCUGACUCAUUUGGACCUGAGAGGAAACCGUCUGAAGAGCCUGGCAUAUGCUGGUACCCUGGAGUACAUUGGCCGUUCCCUGAUGGAGCUUCAGCUGGAGGAAAAUCCUUGGAACUGUGGCUGUGAGGCAGUGCAGCUACAGCAGUGGCUGGCUCAGAUCCCCUACACGGCCGUUGUUGGGGAUGUUACCUGUGAAUACCCCUUCCACCUUCAUCGUAAAGACCUAAGGGAAAUCCCUCGCAAACAACUGUGUGCAGAUCUGCCAGAUAAAGAACUCCAAGGAGAGCGAGGCGGUCCAUCGGCAGGAUCACAGCCAAAGCACUUGACCCCCAACUCUAAAACCAACUCCAAUCCUGGGCGAGUCAGACCGACGAAACCCUCCUCCAUGGUGCAUGGCUCCCGCCAGAACACGCAUACUUCCUCCACUUCGUCAUCCUCUUCCUCUGCAGAACGUAGAGACAGGGAGAAGCACUUGAGACCGACCAAAAGGCCACGGCCUUCUAGAACGUCCCCCACCUCUCGCAGUCUGAUGCCCAACCCUGUUGCUGGCUACCAGACCCGCCCCCCCAUCCCUAUUAUCUGUCCCCUGGGCUGCACCUGCAACCUGCACAUCACUGACUUGGGCCUCACUGUCAACUGCAAAGAGAGUGGCUUCCACAAUGUGUCCCAGCUCACACCUCGCCCUCUCAACGGUCGUAAACUCUACUUGAGUGGGAAUUUAAUCCAGGGGAUCUUUCGCACGGACUUCUGGAACUUCUCCAGUCUAGACCUGCUUCAUCUGGGGAACAACCGCAUCUCGUACCUCCAGGAGGGGGCCUUUUCCAGUCUAAUAACCCUGAGGACCCUUUACCUGAAUGGAAACAACCUGGAGAGAAUCAGCCCACACAUGUUUCUGGGGCUGCAGAAUCUGAGGUACCUUUAUUUUGAGUAUAAUGAAAUCCAUGAGGUUGAUCCCGGCACUUUUGACACCAUGCCGUCCCUGGAGUUGUUGUUUCUCAACGCCAACCUGCUGAGGAGCCUUCCUCUUGGUGUGUUCUCAGGGGUCAGUCUGGCUCGACUUAACCUGAGAAACAAUCACCUCCUGCAGCUCCCAAUGGAAGGAGUGCUGGAGCAUCUCAAAGGACUGGUGCAGGUGGACCUGCAGCAGAACCCAUGGGAGUGCAACUGCGAAGCAGCUCCACUGAAGCGUUGGCUGGAAGGGCUCAGCGCGGUGGUCGUGGUGGGAGAGGUGGUGUGUCACUCCCCGGAGAAAACCAAAGGUGUGGACCUGCGCUCCCUCUCCAUGGAGCUAUUGUGCCCUGAGCUGGAGCCCCGGGAGGACCAGGAGCAGGAGGAGCAGACGGCAUCUUCGACAGACCCAAACGUAUCGGUUGGCUAUCCCAGCACAGGAUUGGGACUGCUCAUCCCUUCUGGGAUGGAUUCGAUCCCUCUCUCGGUGCUGGUGCUGAGCCUACUGGUGCUGUUUGUCUCUGCGUUCUUUGCAGCAGCAGCACUAAUCGCCUACGCCCUGAGGAGGAGGGACAAGCUGCCAUUCCGCCGUCAGGGAGAGGUAGACUUGGCUGGUAUCCAGAUGGAGUGCGGGAUCUUCACUGAACAGACACACCACCAUCACCACGGCCUCCCAGAGAAGCAAACUUCACUGCCGCCGGAACACAACCACGUCUAUGACACCAUUUUGGCCCCGGAGGCUUCAUCCAAAGUUCCAGAUGCAGCUGUGGCCUCAAAAAUGUGUAGCAACCCCAUCUACAAGGAUGAGCAGAAUGUGGCGGUCAAACAGCGAAAGACGUUUGUUGCGUCAAAUGAGUGCGAGGGGGGGUACUGCUCAGCUGUGGAGAAGGAGAGGGAAUGGGCCCUGGAGGUGUCCUCGUCGCCCAUCAACACUGUCACAGGAGCAGUUGGCUCACUCCCUGGUCUCCAUGGGAAUGGCAUCCUCUGUCCCACUGUCAUUGACAGUCAGGGACCCACCCCCAAAGUGGAAUUGGUGGACUGCCUCUUCCGACUCAGCAGCUCAGAGUUUCGAGAUCUACCAGAACGAUUUGCAAGGCCGCCGCCUCGCUACCCCCACACUCAAGACUCUAAACAGGACGCGAGACCAAACCAAACGCUCGUGGUCACCACCAACAGCUCCAAAGCUGGUCAAGGCAGCCAGAAUGAGCAGGGAGCCGGUGAGCAGAGGAGCAGACUGAGGACCACACCAGACUACAUGGAGGUGCUGGACCGCUCGUAUCAGUUUUAACACUCCUCGGUUUUAAUGCUCCCUCUCCUUUACUCCUCCAAUUUCUGCUGCCCUCCCUCGCCUGUCUCUUCACCAUCUCUCUUGAUGGUGAUGAAUCACCCAGUAACAAUGACUCCUGUACAAAGGUUGGGUUUGAGAGGAGCCCGUGGGGGAGCAGGACUACACUAAACACCAUGUUUAUUCGUGGAGCUGAGGUCAUUUUUUGUAUUUUUCUUUUGUAUUUUCCCCACCAUAAAUUGGCAAGGAUUAGCUGAUCCCAGAUCCCUGCCUGGAGGGUAAAAUUUCAGCUGCAGCUACUACUUUUUUUGUUUUCUUCACAGUCCUGAAGCACGGAGGCUUGAUUUUUCCUAUUCGGCACCCACAAUUAGCAGGAUACAGUUCAGUGGUGGGCGUAGGUUCAUGUUGCAGCUCUCAAAAGGCAUGCGUGGAGGUGAGACAGACCCUCUCCUCACAACAUCAAACGCGGAGUUGAUGACGGCCAAAAGACGUGGAGUGAGCUGGGCGCACACCGAAGACGGAGAAGCGGCAAAGCCAGAAGGGAGAAAAGAAGAAAUAACUGAAAACAGCCAAGUGCCUUAGCAAUGAACAGCCAGCAGUGUGGUCAAUGCUUAUUUUUCUAUGAAUACAGAUCUAUUUAUCUAAACAAAGAGGUUUGACUACCAAUGGAUGGGAGGCUGAUGGACAAAUAAGAACAAACCAAUCAAAAAACCUGAAGAGUAAUUGCAUUCCCUGGAUGAGCCAAAAAUAUUAACACACACAGUCAAUAUUGGAGUUGUUGUAUGUAGUUCUGUUCGUUUUUCAUCAUCUCAUUCAGUUAACUUAAUUUGUUUUUACAGCUGAAUUCUUUACCAGGCUGUGACAGGGGACAUACCCAAGAAUAGUUGCCUUGUAGAGGGUGAAAUCAAAGGAAGGUUUUGGUUUUCUGGAAGCCAGGAUUUUGGAAUUAUUGUAAUUGUUUUUGUUUGUUUUCUUUGAAUCCAAGACAAGACAAAGAAGACCCAUUUAAAGAAGGACACCAUGGCAACGGAUGCACUUUGGAUUUCUUAAUCAACCGGACCUUAACAGGGCCACAGGGACCUCUGCUUCACAUUUUCUUUCAUUGUACGAAGGCACAGAGGUUAUUGUAUUGAUUUUUUAAGUAUUUCUCAGAGGGAAAUUAAAUGGCAAAAAAGAACAAUUGACAUGAAAAACAGGACAUAAAUGCCUUUCAUUUGUUCAAAAAAGAUUAAAAGUAACAGACACUUCUAUCAACUAUUGAUUCAUAUCUUUUACGGAAGUACCUUUUUAUGCUUUUAUCUCCUACAAACAGUAGAGGCAGUUGUGAAUAUAUUUAUUAUUAGUUUUUGCGUGUUGAAGCUGUCCUGUAAGGGAUCAUAUUAUAUUAAUGUAUAGGAUGAUUCUGCAUCUGGUUCAGCCUUCUUACCGCCGACCCAAGAAAGACAAUAAAGGGUGCUACAUAAAAAAAAAAA